CAACCAUCACUCCAGCAGAGAUAGGACAAAGGCAAGCACCAAGAUGAAGCACCUGCUGCUUUUGGGAAUAAUAUUUGCUGCAGUCCACGUCAGCUAUUCCAUUCCAGAUUUCUGUAAUUUGCCUGAAAAUGAAGGUGAUGGCACACAUUUCCUGUUUGCUUUCUUUUAUGAUCCCGCUAGAGAUCUCUGCAAUCCCUUCAUAUACAAAGGGAAUGGAGGAAACGCCAACCGUUUUGAAAAUGAGAGGCAGUGCAUAAGAAACUGCUCUGCCAAUGCAGAGAAUAUCUACCCCAUGGAUGCAUCAAAAGCUUGCAGCUUCAAAAAGGCCCCAGGUGAAUGUGGAAGUCAGUUGUUGAGAUAUUAUUAUGAUUCUGCUCAUGACAAAUGCAAAAAGUUCAUUUGGACUGGUUGCAUCGGGAAUGGAAACCGGUUUACCGACAUGGACAUCUGCAAUGUUACAUGUAACGGCAUUCAUGUUGAUGGUGAUGAACCAGAGGAGGACGAGCCAGACACUCCUAUUGCAAUCAUCUGUGGAGUUCUGCUCGCUCUUAUCAUUGUUGCCAUCAUAACAACAGUGAUCGUCUUGACCGUUCAGUCAAAAAAGAAAAAGAGCUCAAAGAAGGCACCAAAGAAAGUUAAAGAAGCUAGGACUGAUGCACCUCUUCAGGAUCAGGGAAUUGAAAUGGCAUAAACAAUCAAGUCACCUCAGUACAUUUUACCAGAUGUUUUUUUUUCUAUACUAGUCUUGAUGCCAAAUGUAUCAAUGAGUUAUCACAUUUAGGUUCAAGCUUCUUUUUUUUUUACAGACAUACGUAAUUUGUGUUUCAUGUUUCAUGUUGUUUUGUUGAAUCUUGACUACAAGUGCAAAGUGAUGUUCUUACGGUGGAAGAGUUUGUCAAUAAAGUGAUUGACAGUAAUAGAAUAAGCAAAUCCCUCAUGACUGAACUAAUUUUGUAAGGCCUUUGUUUCAGCUUUUGCAUUUGUGGGAAAUUUAAUGUAUGUAAUUCUGCACUCACAGUGUUUGCCAUUGACUGAUUUAAGAAAUUGUGAAUCCUUGCAAAUGUUGGGCAUUGUAUAAAGAAAAAAAAGAAAGAAAACUAUCUGUUAAUGAAAUGAAUUAUGAUUUAGAUGAAGGUUUGAAGGAGCAGAAAUAACCACAUCAAAUUCUGACACUCAUCUUCUUGUGUGCUGAUAUUUAAAUGUUGUUUGACUGUAUGAUUUUAGUCAUUUCAGUGUUCACAGAAUAUUGUCUGCUUUGUCACCUGGCUCACAGAUUUACUAAAACAUGGCAUUAAGUCUUCUGAAUUCUUGUGCCACAUCAAAAUUCGACACAUAUUCAGACCUUUUUGUCCAGCUUUGUUUUUAUUCUUUCUGUACAGAAGGACAGUAUGCACAUGUUAUGUUGUUAUGUUUUUCUUCACAGCA